GCAGGACAGCAGGAUAAGCGUGCCACACCAUAUAAUUACCUUAUUAAUGACGAGUAACACGUCAGGGCUAAUCUAGAACAGAGAAAGUUGUGUAAUUAAAGGAAAGUCAGGAGGGUAUUAUGGUAACAUCGGAAUAAAAAUGUAUGAUACGCGUCUCUAUGAGGCCCAUAUUCUAUCGCCAUUACCGACCUUUGAAUCCCUUAAAAUUCCCUUCUCCCAGCCUCAAAUCUCCCCCACAACCAAUCUUCAUCGAUCUCUCUCUUCAAUUUUACCUUUUUCGAUUUCUCGCCGGAAAAUGGCUCAAAAGACGGAGAAAGAAGAGACGACGGAGCUUAAAGUCCCCGAAACCCUGACUCUCUGUGCCAACAACUGCGGAUUCACCGGCAAUCCGGCGACGAACAACAUGUGCCAGAAGUGCUUCAACGCCACGGCCGCCGGGAUCCUGGACAAGUUUUCCGGUGCUGAGAGCGCCAGAUCCGGCUCGCCGCUCGCUCUAGAGAGGUCCGAUCCGGCUUCAGAUGCGCCAGCGGAGAGCAGCCGCGAUCCUUCUCCGGAUCGGCUUCCCGCUGCGGAGUCAACGACGGUGAUGUCGAAGAGGGAGGUAAAUCGGUGCUCCGGGUGCGGGAGGAAGGUCGGGUUGACCGGGUUCCGAUGCAGGUGCGGCGAACUGUUCUGCGCGGAGCACCGGUACUCCGAUCGACACUACUGCAGUUACGAUUACAAGACAGCCGGUCGCGAGGCGAUCGCGAGGGAAAAUCCGGUGGUUAAAGCUGCUAAGAUCGUUAGAGUUUAAACGUAAACAGGAUCGUUGAUGUUCCAAAAAUCAACGGAGAAAAAUUUGGGGAUCGAGGCGCGGAUUCCAUCUCCGGAUCUCUCAGAUAUAGCUCCUUUGAGAGAGAGAGAGAGAGAGGGGUCUAGAGAGAGAGAGAGAGAAAGAUGUAUGGAAAUGAUUUGAACAUAUUCAAGAUGAUAUGGAUCUUCUCUUGUUAGGUUUGUCUUCGAUUAAUCUAUAUUAUUAUUCUCUAUUUU